AUGGUACGAACACUCAGAAUCCACAACGGCUUUAAUAACUUUGAAAAAUACGAUGAUAACAUCAAUGGUGAUAAAUGCUCAUUUGGCAACCUAUGUCGUUUCCUGGUGCCUAGGAGCAUGAAAGUAAUUAUAGCGUUGGCUCUUCUGGUGGCGCUGGGUAUAGCAGCCGCUACCCCUGUAGGAUGCUGUGGAGGUGGUUCCUACGGCAGCAGAAGAGGUGGUCAUGGAGGAGAUGGAGGCCAUAUACGUGGUGGCCACAUAAGAGGGAGUGGUUAUGGAGGUAGCGGCCGAGGCGGUGGUGGCAAGAUUGUGAAGGCACAGCUCGUUAGGGUUGGUAAUCUCCCCGGCACCGGCAGAGGCAGUGGUGGAAGCACAGGGAGGUAUGGCACUCGUGGCAGUGGCGGACGCAGGAAUUCGAGAGGACCCAGUAUUGUCCGAGCUCAGUUGUUUAGUGUUGGUACCCUCCCAAGUAUCGGUAGCAGCGGCAGAGAAAGUUACAGCCCUAAUGGUAGAGGAUCUCAAAGCAGUUUAAGAAGUUUCAAUGGCAAUAGCAUUGUGAAAGCACAGCCGGUAGGUGUUGGCACCCUCUCAAGCAAUGGUGGCAGCUUUGGGGGAAGUUACAGCUCCCACAGAGGACGCUCUCGAAACAGCAAUGGAAGGUCCAGUGGCCCCGGCAUCGUGAAGGCACAGCUUGUAAGUGUUGGCAUCAACCCAAACUCUAAUGGCAGCGGUAGGAGAAGACCUAACUCCCACGGGGAUGGAUCUCGAAGUAGCAUUGGUAUGUCCAGUGGUCCCAGCAUUGUGAAGGCCCAGCUCGUGGGUGUUGGCAUCCUCCCACGCAAUGGUGUCAGUGGCCAAAGUAGCUAUAACUCCCACAGAAGAGGCUCUCAAAGCAGCACCGGAAGUAGUUCCAGCAUUGUGAAAGCACAGCUGGUAGGCGCUGGCACGCUCCCAAGGACUAGUGGCAACGGUGGGAGGAGGCCUAGUUCCCUUGGGGAUGAACCUCAAAGCAGCAUUAGCAGACCCACUGGUGCCAGCAUUCUCAAAGCCCGAUUAGUAAGUGUUGGUACCCUCUCGAGCAAUGGUGGCAGCGGUGGGGGCAGUUAUAGCUCCCAUAGAGGAGGAUCACGAAGUAGCAAUGUAAGAUCCAGUAGUUCUAGUAUUGUGAAAGCCCAGCUGGUUGGCGUUGGCACUCUUCCAAACUCUGAUGGCAGUGGUGGUGGAAAUUCUAGCAUCUAUGGAGGUGAAUCUGAAACCAGCAUUGAAAGGCCCAGUGGUGCCAGCAUUGUGAAAGCUCAGCUGGUAGGUGUUGGAACUCUCCCAAGUACUGUUGGCAGUGGUGGUGGAAAUUCCAGUACCCUUGAAGGUGGAUCUGAAAGAAGCAUUGUGAAAGCCCAGCUGGUAGGUGUUGGCACCCUCCCAAGUAGCUUUGGGGAAAAUUCUAGCUCCCAUGAAGUUGAAUCUGAGGGCAACAUUGGAAGAUCCACUGGGCGCAUUAUUAAAGCACAGCUAGUAGGUGUCGGGACCCUCCCGAGCUCUGGUGGCGGCAAUGGGGGAUAUUCUAGCUCUCCUGGAGAUGGAUCUGAAAGCAACAUUGUAAGGCCUACUGGUCCCAGUAUUGUGAAAGCACAGCUGAUCGAUGCUGACGUCAUCCCAAGCUCUGGUGGCAGCAAUGGGGGAAAUUCCAGCUCCCAUGGGGGUGAUUCUGAAACCAGAACUUUGAAGGCUCAGCUGGUAAGUGUUGCUACUCUUCCAAGCAUUGGUGCCAGCAAUGUGGAAAAUUCCAGCUCCCAUAGAGAUGCUUCCGAAACCAGCAUUGAAAAGGCUCAACUGAUAAGUGUUGGCACCCUCUCAACCAAUGGUGGCAGUGCAGAAGUUUUAACUCCCGUGGACAAGGAUCUCGAAGCAGCACUGGAAAGUCCCGAGGUCCCAGCUUUAUAAAACCCCAGCUGGUAGGCAUUGGCACCGUCCCAAGUGCUGAUGACAGUAGCAAUGAUAGUUAAAACUUCCAUGGAGGUGGACAAAGCAGCUUUAGAAGGUCCAGUAGUCCAAGCAUUGUAUAGGUACAACUGGCAGGUAUUGGACCUCUUCCUAGCGCUGGUUGGAGCGGAGUGAGAAGUCAUAACUCCCACAGUGAUGGAGUCUACAGAGGGCAUGGUAGGUUCAGCAGUUCAAGUAUUGCCUGAGCUCAGCUGGUCGGCGUCAGCAGUUUUUCCACCAUUAGAGGAGAUAGCAGAGGAGAUUACAUCACGGCAGCAAGAAGCUCCAAAGGCACUAGUAUUGUCAGUUCCCGGUUGUUUGGUGUUAGUAGGUUUCCCUAAGCAAAGGCAGUGGGCAUGGCCUUAGUGAUGUCGCUACCAGUGGGGAAUAUGAUUGGUAAAACAAAAGUCUAGUCAUUUUAUGGGUACUUCUGUAAGUCAA